AUGCCUGAUUUUGCAAAAAUGUUUGCUUUCUUUCUAUUGGCAUUACUAUCCGCCUUUGUGCAAGCCUCCGAUAGCGGAAGCAGGACUAUCGCUAAGAUUGGAAGAGCUAAGGACAUUCACAAUAAUCUCGAAUUAGUUGCACGAUGGGGCGAGUACAAAAAGGCCUAUGAUAAGAAAUAUGAAGAAAGCGAGGAAUGGAUGCGUAUGGAGACUUUUAUCGAAAAUCUCAAGCGCAUCGAAGAGCACAAUCGCGAGUAUAGACUGGGCAGGAAAACUUUUGAGCUCGGAUUGAACAACCUCGCUGAUCUUACCUUCUCACAAUAUCAAAACCUCAAUGGAUAUCGUCAUCAUAGCAGAUCAGAUAUUAAUGAGUUGAGGAAGAGCAGCAAGUGGACUGUUCCAAAUAUUCGCGUGCCUGACACAGUUGACUGGCGAACAAAGGGAAUUGUUACUGAAGUCAAGUACCAGGGAGAAUGCGGGUCUUGCUGGGCUUUUUCAGCAACCGGAGCACUUGAGGGGCAGCAUGCCCGUAUUACGAAAAAGCUGGUGUCUCUUUCCGAACAAAAUCUCGUGGAUUGCUCUUUUGCUUAUGGGAAUGAUGGAUGCAACGGAGGUCUAAUGGAUUCUGCCUUUGAGUACGUCAAAGAAAAUCAUGGCAUCGAUACAGAAGAAAGCUACCCUUAUUUCGGCAACGAAUCAAGAUGUCAUUUCACAAAGGAGAACAUUGGUGCAAAUGCUACUGGUUUUGUAGAUCUUCCUAAAGGAGACGAAAAUGCAUUGAAAGUGGCUGUCGCAACUAAGGGACCUAUUUCAGUUGCCAUUGACGCAAGUCGUUUCAGCUUCAUGCUGUAUAGGAAAGGUGUUUACUAUGAUGAAAACUGCUCUUCCGAAGAUCUUAAUCAUGGUGUCCUUGUCGUUGGAUAUGGUACUGAUCCGGAGGGAGGAGAGUAUUGGCUGGUCAAAAAUAGCUGGAGCAAGGAUUGGGGAGAUGGCGGUUACAUUCGCAUGGCGCGUAAUCGCAAUAAUCACUGUGGAAUUGCGUCUGUGGCCAGUUAUCCACUUAUGUAG